AUGGUCCUGGCGACUGCCGGACGACGGUAUCAGAUUGCAAAGAAAGAGAAUGUUGGUAGUGGACGUCAUGGUGGUCGGCGGCAAAGAGCGGGACAGGGUAAUGUGACCUUGAUCAUCGACCAUCACGACGUCUACGGCUCGCUCUCGUUGUCGUCCAGGACGAUUCCUCCCCCAAAGACGAAGACUACGUUCCAUGUAGCGUCCAAAUUCUCGAACGCCUGCGGCAGCCCUGCAGCAGCCAGUUUUGGACGACAUACCGUGAAGAUUUCUGUUGCUCUAAUCCGAGCUCGAUGUCCUAUGACUGGAAUCAGCAACGUCAACUACGACAAAACGUCAGGAACUAAAAAGAUGGCUGAGAUAGGAAAAGAAUAUCUCAUCGUUGGCAAGAAUGACAUUCACUUCACUCUUACUGCAUUCAAUAGAGAAACUGCUGAACACGACUAUCACUAUAGCUGGAGUCAUCAUUACCUCUACGAGUCAUUAGAAUGUCCAUUUCAUGCGGAAUUCUUGAUAGAGCGGCAACUACACAUUGUUAUAUCGGAAGGUGAUAACUAG